UUGCCCUAUAAAAAUCGGUGCUCUAUUGUCUUUUCUUAUAUUUUUUCUAUUUCACCGAAGCUUGCGGUGAUACGUGAAUUGCCCUCUUCCCAGCCUAACUAAAAUUGCGCCCCUAGCGGUCGGUCCUCCAAAUGCCGCAGCCCUAUGAUGGGGUCAUUAACCCCAGCCAGCGAGAGAUUGUGUAAACACAGGCUACCCUCUUACUAGCCUGCCGACUGACCAAGUUACAAAAUGUUUGAUCAAUAUCAGAACACAUGGCGUCUGCGCUAGGCGAAAGGCAAACACUGUAAGCUUAUGUGGUUGGAGCAUAUCCCCAUUUUUUUAUCAUCUGAUAAGGUGUUUGUAAACCCUAGGAAGCUGAGCGCAGGAAUUGACUAUGUUUCGGCUUAGAUCCUGGUUUUCGUCCCGGAUUUUCAACGUUAAUGUUUACAGCACUGACAGACGACAACAAUCACGACCGCCAUUUUGGGUCACCUGCGUGAACUUCGAUGGGGCUGUUAGAGGUCGUUCUUCAGAAUCAAGGGAUGUCAACAUGUCAUUUCCGGUUCAAACAACGUCAUUUCCGCCCCAACCAUCAGUGAAGACAUCUUUCGAUGAGAAAUACCGAACCAUCUCCGCAACGUUCAGUCCACAACCAUGGGACUUCGACCACACAGGUGCCGUCCCAAUCUGGAGAGUUGUGUGCUACACCAAUAUGCAAUGGGCGGAUAUGCAUCGUCACUGGUUUACGCCUCCACAAGACGAACCGCCGUUUGUAGACCUGUUCUUUGGACGAAGCCUCUCUAUUGAGUUUACUCCCUCAUUCCACAACGAAAUUGUCCCCGGUUGUUCCAUACCUUACACCUUGAGUAUCAGUAAGAUAGGGAAGACGUCCAUGGUCUUCAAGCUGAAGAUUCUUGACGCCAACGGUAAAGACGUCAUAGCGGAAGAUUAUAGGCACUGUCAAAGUGUAUCGUCCAAGACGCACCGCUCCCAGCCAUGGGCAGCUUGGGUGUCUCAGCGAUAUCCCGACUUGUGUGCAGCUCCUCCGGUACCCAUUGUGGAACCGUACGGACACAUCACGGCAGAGCCAACGUUUACGUACAGCGUGAAAGUCGCUCCGAGCGACAUGGAUUUGUACCGACACGCCCCUUUCUAUCAGUACGUGCGCUACUGCUGCGAUUGUGCCUUCCAUGGAGCGGAGCAGGGUGCGUAUUCGAUCAUCACAGGAGACGCCGCUCGCUACCGGGUCAAACGUGUGGAGACACUCCACCAAGGACAGGCUAAAGCAGGAGAUGUGCUGACUGUGCAGUCUUGGGAAGACCCAGAACACCCUGAGGUCAUCAGAUUCCAAAUAAAAAGAGGAGUAGACAACAUAACGCAGUGUUUGCUGCAGUUUUUUAAUGCAACUAGCAAGAUGUAAAGAGAUUGGCACACUCUUGUAACAUCCAAUCAGAGAAUCGCCUAAAUGUUGGCUUACAGUUGGUUAAAGGCGACGCACACCAAAGUGGACGCGUCAGCCAGGUUUUAGCAUAUACUAGAUUUAGUUGACUCCCCAAGGAUAUUGUUUAUUUCGCGGGUGGGACUGCAUUGUUCUAGUUUUUUAACCAGUAAUGCAUAUAAUCCUAUAGGAAGGUGUAGGAAAAUAGGUGCUAUUAUCUCAAGAUGAAAAACCGAAAAGAAUAAAAAGCCUCAAAUACUAUUCUGUUUUGUCAACUACCAACAAAUGCAUUUCAAGGAAAUUUUUCAACGGGCAGUCUGCGUAUUCUGUAAACUUUGUAUUCAGUGAUCAGUUACAACCUAAAAAUGAUUUGAUGUUUCUAAACUAACAAAUCCAGAUAGCUAGAUGAUGAACCUUUGAUUGGCUUACAGUUGGUUAAAGGCCACGCCCACCAAAGUGGACGCGUCAGCCAGGUUUUAGCAUAUACUAGAUUUAGUUGACUCCCCAAGGAUAUUGUUUAUUUCGCGGGUGGGACUGCAUUGUUCUAGUUUUUUAACCAGUAAUGCAUAUAAUCCUAUAGGAAGGUGUAGGAAAAUAGGUGCUAUUAUCUCAAGAUGAAAAACCGAAAAGAAUAAAAAGCCUCAAAUACUAUUCUGUUUUGUCAACUACCAACAAAUGCAUUUCAAGGAAAUUUUUCAACGGGCAGUCUGCGUAUUCUGUAAACUUUGUAUUCAGUGAUCAGUUACAACCUAAAAAUGAUUUGAUGUUUCUAAACUAACAAAUCCAGAUAGCUAGAUGAUGAACCU